AGGAGUUUUUAAUGUUCAGUUUGCUCUAUGGAUCGAUGUUCGCUGGCAUCGCCUUACCCUGCCUGCGCGUGUGAUACAGCUAACAGUUAUUUCACGCGAACGCUCCUUUCUCUUCUUCUUUUUUUUCCUCUCUCUCUCUCCACCUUUCGCGAACAAACUGAGACGGGGCGUUUGACAGAGCUCGUCCUUUGGGCUUCUGCUGGCGGGGUGGGGGAAAAGACACGGAGAGAGAAAAGAAAACACAGUCCGCCAUAGAUCUAAAAGAAGGUAAAAGAGAGAGCGAGCGAGAGAGAGAGAGAGAGAGAGAGAGGGGGGAGAGAGGAGAGAGAGACCGUCCUGACUGACACCUGAUUUGACAAGGCGGCGAGUCUGAUACUGGAUUCUACGGAGGAGGAGGCGAAGUGCGUGAAAAAGGCGAAAUAAGCAGAGCGGCUCUUCCUUCUGUACGGACUAUUUGAGAGCGCGUACGAAUCUCACCUGGUUUGAUUUGUACGCGAACGCAGCGCGAGUUCAAAAUGCCAAGGAGGAAGCAGCAGGCGCCGAGACGAGCGGCGGUGUAUGAGCCGGAUGAUGACGUUGGUGUCCCUGCACCAGUGACAGAAGAAGAAGGAGAGAAUGACAUGCAGACAGAAGAGGAGGGCUCUGAAAAGACUAGCCCUAAGAUUCCAGAGGACAAGGAAACAGAUAACAAAAGCAGCUACAGUUUCCAAAACUCUCCUGUCAGUGUGUUGUCCAACCAGGAGGUGGAACUGGAGUCCCGUCUCAGUGAUGGAAGUGACAGACUAUCCGACUUUAAAACAUCUUCCCCUCCAGAGAGCCAGAGGGACACUGAGAGCCAUGGUUCAAAACCGAAAGAUGAGAUGCUUAGUAGCCUGGAGAAAAUGAGGGCUGCAUAUGCCAACUUCCUCUCAGACUCCUACUGGACAAAUAUUGGACUAGACUUGAAGGUUGGCAACACUGGCAGCAAGGCAAACUGCGACAGCACCAAUGGAAGCACCAAGGGUGAGUUUGACUGGCAUCAGGACGCACUAUCCAAAACCUUGCAGCAAACACUGUCCCCGAAACCUGUGUCAAAGCCUAACCUGUUCAGCUCGGUCCACCUGUACAGGCAAAGCACCAAGGCAUGCGGUGCCGUCUUCACAGGGGCCAGUCGCUUCCGUUGCAAAGACUGUAGCGCUGCUUAUGACACAUUGGUAGAGUUAACAGUGCAUAUGAACAAGAGUGGUCACUACCAGGAUGACAACCACAGCAGGCAAGGCAUUGCCUCCACUUCAUCUUCUAAGAGCCGGAAGAGGAACCUACAAGAUAUGGAAGGCAAAGAGGAUGCACAGAAAGUGCUGAAAUGCAUGUUCUGUGGCCAUUCUUUUGACUCUCUCCAAGACCUAAGCGUCCACAUGAUUAAAACUAAGCAUUACCAGAAAGUGCCUUUGAAAGAACCCAUUCCAGUAAUCACUCCGAAAUUAGUCCCACCAUCAAAGAAACGUGCAUUUGAAGCCACAAGGCCUUGUUCUCCUGACUCAACCACCGGAGCAGCAGGCUACAGUGAGGCUCAGAGGUCAUCCGGCCUUGCAAAUGCUCCAAACAACCGAUAUGGCUAUCAAAAUGGUGCUAGCUAUACAUGGCAGUUUGAAACAUGCAAGUCUCAGAUUCUGAAGUGUAUGGAAUGUGGAAGCUCACACGAUACACUUCAGCAGCUAACCACUCAUAUGAUGGUCACCGGUCACUUCAUCAAAGUGACAAAUUCAGCUUCCAAGAAGGGCAAACAGUUAACUCUUGAUCCUUUAGCAAUAGAGAAGAUGCAGGCACUAGCAGAACCAGUUAAUGAAUCUGAGGGAGAGAAGGCCUCCCCCAAAAGCACUGCAUCUGGGGACUCUGAAAAAAUCCCUCCAAAGGAAAAGAAAUCUGACCAAGCUGAAGAAGAUAAAGAUAAGAGCGACCAGCAAGAUGGUACGGAUCAAAAGCCUACUGAUGCUAGCUUCAAGUAUCCAUACCUACGGGAAGAGGACCUGGAGCAAGGAGCCAGUGGAGGGGGUGACAUCCUGAAAUCUUUAGCUAAUACAGUGGCUACAGCAAUCAACAAAGCUCAAACGGGGGCGCCAAGCUGGAGUGCCUACCCCAGCAUCCAUGCAGCUUACCAGCUACCCGGUGUGAUCAAGAGUGCCCCCCUUUCAGCAUCUCCUCCCAUCCAGCUAAAGCAGAGUCUCAACCAUAAACUAAGGCCCAUCGCCCCCAAGGUGAAGUUUUAUCAGGGACUUCGAGGACUUGAGAGUUUCCAGGGACAUCACAUUCCGGACAUCAAAAAGGAGAGGGGUGGUGCAUCUGAUGGCAAAGAGAGCCAGAGCGGUAAGUUUGAUCUGGCGGAGAAUGAUGACAGUGAUUGUCAGGAUGAUUCCUCUUCCUCUUCAAAGCUGGAUGCAGACUGUGUAAGUGAAGGGAAUGACACGAUCAAAGGGAAGUUGAGCCCAGCUUUCUCUGACAGAGCCAACCCGUCACCAAGCCCUCCUGCCAGCAACGGGCACAGCAGUUCCUCAGAGCUUGUCAGUGACUCCCAGGAAGUCCUUAGCAUAAACCCUCUAAGUGCACUUCAGUCUGUCCUGAACAAUCAUUUGGGGAAAGCAAAUAAACCAAGGCAGGAGGGGGCUAGGUCUCAUCGUACCCAAUCCAUAUUCUCUGAGCUGAGCCGAGGUCUGGAGAAACCAGCAUCGGUUCUCGCGUCCUCUGCUGUCAUCAGGGCCAACAACUUCAUGUUCACAAAUAAUGACCAGCCAAUAGACUUAACGAAAAACAAACAUAACAAAAUGAUUUCCUCCCUCUCAUUGCAAUCUUCUACACCUAUGCCUCAGAAACAUGCACUGUCUGACAUCGCUGACAUGGUGAAGGUUCUUCCCAAAGCCACAACGCCAAAGCCCUCGAUGCCAUCAAGAGUGCCUGCAAUGAAGCUGGAGUCAGAUGUGAGGCGGUUCGAAGAUGUGUCCAGUGAGGUGUACUCAGUCCACAAGCGUAAGGGCAGGCAAUCUAACUGGAACCCUCAGCACCUGCUUAUCCUUCAAGCCCAGUUUGCUUCCAGUCUCUUCCAGACCUCUGAGGGCAAGUAUCUUCUCUCUGAUCUCGGCCCUCAGGAACGAAUGCAUAUCUCUAAGUUCACUGGACUCUCCAUGACCACCAUCAGCCACUGGCUUGCCAACGUUAAAUACCAACUUAGGAAAACAGGUGGGACCAAAUUUUUGAAGAACAUGGACACAGGCCACCCAGUCUUCUACUGCAAUGACUGUGCGUCCCAGUUCAGAUCACCAUCCGCCUUCAUCUCCCAUCUUGAAUCUCAUCUUGGUUUCCAGAUCAAAGACAUGAGCAAACUGCCAAUAGAGCAUCAGACAAAGAUAACAGAGCCUGAACUGACAAAGGCUUUUAGUGUCAGAGCAACUGACGUGCUGGUGACAGAAGAAGACAUGGACUCAAAAUUCAAAUGCAAGCUUUGCAGUCGGACAUUUGCCAGCAACCAUGCGGUCAAACUUCACUUGAGUAAAACUCACAGCAAAUCUCCAGAGAAUCAUUCACAGUUUGUUGAAAUUGACAAAGAGUAGCGUGGUUGAUUUUUACUACCUGUAGUUUUGUUGUUGUUAAAUAACUGUACUUGCUCUGCUUUUAUAAAACACGGGUCAAAUUAUUAUUUUUUUCAUGUUUCAAGUAGCAUUACGUAGUAUGCUUAUAAAUUUAAAACGAAUCAACAUUUCAUUAUUUUAAAGGACAAAAUGGACACACUGGCUGAAUUAGAAGGAAGUGUAAGUAAAUACAUAAAAAAAGAUGAAUAUACAUUGACAUACAUCUUUGCACCCCUGCUCAAAUGCAUCACCAGUAAUGAAAUGUAUUACUGCUUGAAACAUAAUUGCUGAUGUUUGCAUGCAAUAGCUCUGGCUAUGACUACUAUUUAUUUGUAUGAUAUGGCAAGUUUUAAUUGUAUUACUUUUAACAACAAAUUGAUGCAUUAACUGUAAUUUACAGCUCUAAGGAUGCACCUAAAUGAACAUGAAAAUGUUCAGACAGGUAGCCAAACACAUUAAAAAAAAAAAAAAAAAAAACAUUUACCGAAAUGUACAGUACAUUGCUCUGUAAAAUGUUUGUGUUGCAAUGAUAGAACAGAGAAGCACUUUAAUAAAUGUUUAAUCACCAGUUUAGGCUCAGAUUCAGUUGUGUGAGCUAACAGAUUUAGACAGGUUUGACAUAAAGAUGUCUCACAUCAAUGUAUAUAUAGCAUUGCAGAAAAAAGUGUCUCAUCAGAAGGAGCAGAGUGAGACGAAGAAAAUACUGCACCUUUUAUACCAGUACAAAUAAAGCAUUAACAUUUUU